AGGGGGCUGUGUCCGAAAUAGGCUAGAUUCGGGGGAGAGCGUACAUGGGUAAAGUUGAUGCGCACUGGUGUGUUCGGACGCAAUGAGAUCAAACGAGGAUUUCAACAUGGGCAAAACAAAGAUGCAUCGUUCACCAUCAUUUCCUCAUAUAUAAUGGAAGUAGGCUACUCGCUGAACUCACUGAUAACACGGAGUAAGAUCACCCGAAGAGGUAACCGUUUCAGAAUACGACACAAUUUCUUAAACAGAAUAUGCUGGUCUUCACUUUCCUACUAGUCGGUCUUUCUUCAGUGGGAAGUUCCAGGUUAUGCUCGUACAUAUGUCAGUGCUAUGAGCACUCCGACCUGGUAGACUGUCGCGCCAGAAAGCUUACCAGCGUGCCGCACGGAUUGCCGCAUGGCACGUGGCUCCUGGACCUCGGUGGUAACGUCUUGACAGAGUUGCGGAGCAGGACAUUCGCCGGACUUUGGUCCAUGCGGAUUCUGGUCCUUUCGGAGAGUCAUAUUCAGCAGAUUCACCCACAGGCUUUCUACUCUCUCUCCUUCCUGGAAAAGCUGGACAUGAGCCGUAAUCACAUCUCUGAGCUACCAGUGGACUUCCCCCAGAGCCUGUCCUCUCUGAAGGAGCUGCGUCUGGACCACAACGCUCUGGAGCAGGUAGCUCCCCACAGCCUGGAGCACCUUGAGAGCUUGGAAAAGCUGGACCUGAGCCACAAUCACAUCCUCAACCUGGGGCCCGGCGCCUUCCGUGGACUGUCCCGUCUGAGGCACCUCUACCUGCAAUCUAACUGGCUGGGCACGGUACGCGACGGCUCCUUCUCCAUGCUACCAGGCUUGGAGCUUCUGCUGCUGGGCCACAACAACAUCUCACUAAUCGAGACGGACGCAUUCGCACCGCUCCACAGCCUCGCCUUACUGGGCCUAGAGGGCAACCGCUUGGAGCACCUCAAGUUCAAGACCUUCCUAAACCUGCACACGUCCGGCACACACCUGCAGCUGGCUGCCAACCCCUGGAGCUGCGAUUGUGACCUGCACCGGGUUUUUGGCAAGAUCCUCAGCGUGCGCCACCUGCACGUAGACGACUACCGCAACGUGACGUGCCGCGAGCCGUGGCAGCUGGCCGGCGCCUCGCUGGCCGGCAUAGACAGCCAGCUCUGCAUGGCCGAGACCGCUACCGUGCUUAUCAUCACCGGCGCUGUGCUUGUAACAGUCAUCGCGGCUCUGGUGACCGCUGAACACAAUCGCAAACAGAAGACCAAGGGAUGGAGAGAAGCCGAUGCGCAGGACCUGCAGGAGAAGUGAGGGAGGAGAGGGAGAGACGGUAUGGCAGGGGUCUCAAACUCCCAGCCCAA